CACACAGCUCCCGCUGCCCGCUCGCUCGCGCGGACUCCCCGUGGCCGAGGCGCUCUAGCUCAGCUCCCCACCAGCCCUCGGGCUGCGAAACCGCCGGGAAACCCGGGACACAGGCAGGGGGACCGCUCCCGCCGCCGAGCUAGGCGAGAGCAGCGGUCGGUGUCCGGGUCUCCUUCGCCUCUUGCGGGAUCGCCAGGCGCCCCCCCGGGGAUUCCUCUCCUCGCUUUACAUGCUGCCCCCCGGCUCUGGAUUCAUAGGCAACUCCCCCCUGCGUAUUCCCCACCCUUCUCCCAGGGACUGCCAGGCGGAGGGCCGCCUCUCCUCCGCCUGACCCAGCCGUGUGCAUCGGGCUCUUGCCAUCCCCUCCCGGGGGCGCCCGGACGGACCUGGAGCCCCCCGAGCCCUGAAGCGCUAGCGGAGCCCGGGCGAGUGGGGGCCCCCGGGCUGGCGCAUCACCUGGGGAGCCGCUCCUCACUCUGCCUCUGCUGCGUGCUGGGAUUUGUUGUGCUUUACUUUGGGGUUUGUCGGCUCGUUCUGAUCCGAGCCGAUUCCGAGAAGCAGCCUCAGGUUAUGAAUUCUCCGCUGCGGUUCUUUCUGCACAGGAACACAACGAAGGUUGCCAGUUAAAGGAAAAGUGACCAGUGCAGAGGACGACAUGAUCACCAUGAAGGGAAAUGGUCUGGUUGCAUUGCUGGUUGCAGGUUUGGAAGUCCUAGGAAUCUUAGUGUCUGCAGCUACAGAAGAUUCCCAGUGCUAUCGAGCUGAGCACCCUAUUAUAAUGUAUAAAGAGAUUGCCCCCUGGUUACAUGUGUUCAGAGCAGAGAAUGCUGUGGACUUCUCACAAUUAACAUUUGACCCAGGACAAAAAGAACUUAUUGCUGGAGCAAGAAACCACCUCUUCAGGUUACAUCUUGAAGAUCUGUCUCUAAUCCAGGCAGUGGAAUGGCAGUGUGAUGAAGCUACUAAAAGAGCCUGUUACAGUAAGGGCAAAUCAAAGGAAGAAUGCCAGAACUAUAUCCGUGUGCUUCUCGUUGGCAGUGACCGGCUCUUCACCUGUGGAACCAAUGCUUUCACUCCUAUUUGCACCAAUCGGACGUUAAGCAACCUGACAGAGAUACAUGAUCAGAUCAGUGGCAUGGCUCGGUGUCCGUACAGUCCUCAACACAAUUCCACAGCUCUUCUUACUUCCAGUGGGGAGUUAUAUGCUGCUACGGCCAUGGAUUUCCCAGGAAGGGAUCCUGCCAUUUACCGCAGUCUGGGGGCUCUUCCUCCUCUCCGCACUGCACAGUACAACUCUAAGUGGCUCAAUGAACCAAAUUUUGUGUCAUCCUAUGACAUUGGAAACUUCACCUACUUCUUCUUCCGAGAGAAUGCAGUAGAGCAUGACUGUGGAAAAACAGUCUUUUCCCGGGCUGCUCGGGUCUGCAAAAAUGAUAUUGGGGGCAGAUUUUUGCUAGAGGACACCUGGACAACCUUUAUGAAGGCUCGUCUGAAUUGCUCUCGCCCUGGAGAAAUUCCAUUUUACUACAAUGAAUUACAAAGCACUUUCUUCCUACCAGAAUUGGACUUAAUCUAUGGGAUCUUUACAACUAAUGUGAACAGCAUAGCUGCCUCAGCAGUUUGUGUUUUCAACUUGAGUGCCAUAACUCAGGCCUUCAACGGACCAUUCAAAUAUCAGGAGAACUCCCGCUCUGCCUGGUUGCCUUACCCCAAUCCCAACCCUAAUUUCCAGUGCGGUACAAUGGACCAGGGUCUGUACAUGAAUCUGACUGAGAGAAAUCUUCAGGAUGCCCAAAAAUUUAUUCUAAUGCAUGAGGUGGUUCAGCCAGUUAUUCCAAUUCCUUACUUCAUGGAGGACAACAGCCGAUUUUCCCAUGUAGCAGUGGAUGUGGUGCAGGGCAAGGACAUGCUUUUUCAUAUCAUCUAUCUGGCCACAGACUAUGGCACUAUUAAGAAAGUACUCGCUCCAAUGAAUCAGACUUCAAGCAGCUGCUUACUCGAGGAAAUUGAGCUCUUUCCAAGGAGGCAGAAAGAACCUAUCAGGAGCCUGCAGAUUCUGCAUAGCCAGAGUGUUCUGUUUGUGGGUCUUCAGGAACACGUAGUAAAGAUUCCCCUGAAGAGGUGUCUGUUUUACAAAACCCACAGUGCAUGUAUUAGAUCCCAGGAUCCUUACUGUGGCUGGGACAUGGUGAUGAAGAAAUGCACAACCCUGGAAGAAAGUCUAAGCAUGAGUCAGUGGGAGCAAAGCAUCACUGUGUGUCCAACCAGGAAUUUGACUGUGGAUGGGAAUUUUGGAGUGUGGUCUCAGUGGAAACCCUGCACCCACACUGAUGGUACCAGUGUUGGCUCCUGCCUCUGCAGAACUCGUUUGUGUGACAGUCCAGCGCCUCAAUGUGGAGGCUGGCAGUGUGAAGGACCAAGUAUGGAGAUUGCCAACUGCUCCAGAAAUGGGGGCUGGACUCUAUGGACCUCAUGGUCACCCUGCAGUACCACCUGUGGAAUUGGUUUUCAAGUCCGCCAGCGUUCGUGCAGCAAUCCAACUCCUCGGCACGGGGGCCGUGUGUGUGUGGGACAGAACCGUGAGGAGAGAUACUGCAAUGAGCACUUGCUGUGCCCUCCACAUAUGUUUUGGACAGGCUGGGGUCCGUGGGAACAUUGCACUACCCAAUGUGGGGGUGGGAUUCAGGCUCGUCGCAGGAUGUGUGAGAAUGGCCCUGACUGCCCUGGCUGUAAUGUGGAAUAUCAACCUUGUAACACCAAUUCCUGUCCAGAGCUCAAAAAGACCACCCCCUGGACUCCCUGGACUCCGGUCAAUAUCUCAGAUAGUGGUGGCCACUAUGAACAACGAUUCCGAUACACUUGUAAGGCACGCUUGCCUGACCCAAAUUUGCUAGAGGUUGGAAGACAAAGGAUUGAAAUGCGUUACUGUUCCAGUGAUGGUACCAGCGGAUGCUCAACAGAUGGACUGUCAGGGGAUUUCUUGCGUUCUGGACGAUACUCCGCUCAUACAAUUAAUGGAGCCUGGUCACCAUGGACUCCAUGGUCUCAGUGCAGUCGAGACUGCAGCAGAGGUAUACGCAACCGCAAGCGUGUCUGCAACAAUCCUGAGCCCAAAUAUGGGGGUCUUCCGUGUCUGGGCCCAUCUCUGGAGUACCAGGAAUGCAAUAUCUUGCCUUGUCCAGUUGAUGGAGGUUGGUCCUGUUGGUCAUCAUGGUCAAAGUGCUCAGCAACUUGUGGAGGUGGACAUUACAUGAGGACCCGCUCAUGCACAAACCCAGCCCCAGCCUAUGGAGGGGACAUCUGCCUUGGACUUCACACUGAAGAGGCACUUUGCAACACACAACCCUGUCCAGACAACUGGUCCGACUGGUCUGAGUGGUCUGAUUGUGAUUCAUCCGGAGUCCAGUUCCGCGUUCGUCAGUGUAUCAUUUUAUUUCCUGUGGGCAACCAGUGUUCUGGGAACACCACUGAGAGUCGAACUUGUAUUUUCGAUUCUAACUUCUUACCAGAAAUAUCAGUAGCAAGAUCUAGCAUCAUAGAAGAAAAACUAUGUGGUGAGUUUAACAUGUUCCACAUGAUUGCAGUGGGCUUGAGCAGUUCUAUACUUGGCUGCCUCCUUACACUGCUUGUUUACACUUACUGCCAACGAUAUCAGCAGCAAUCCCAUGAUGCAACUGUUAUCCAUCCAGUGUCGCCAGCUCCUCUUAAUACCAGUAUCACUAACCAUAUCAACAAACUGGACAAGUAUGAUUCUGUAGAAGCCAUCAAGGCAUUUAACAAAAACAACCUGAUCUUGGAGGAGAGAAACAAAUACUUCAAUCCACAUCUUACUGCAAAGACCUAUUCUAAUGCCUAUUUUACAGAUCUCAAUAAUUAUGAUGAGUACUAAUGGAUUUGUGUAUUUUCUGGUCUCUGGUAACUCCCCAAUCCCCCAAAGCCUGUGCUACAUGACCGCUCAUGUGUUUGAGGCUUCAGAGAUGAAGUUCGGAGACAUUUCAAGCACAGUCCAAGCCAUCAGUAUCCCAUUGCUGCCAAAAAAACAAACACCUGUAUGUGACAUGAUGUUCUCUUUUGCAAGAGUGAAAGGUUGGCCUGCAGUACGGAAUGCAGAUUUAGUAGCUGGGCAUAGUGGAAUGAGUCCUGAGGAGUAGAUCACUUUGUUUGUGUUUAUAAAUGUUCAGUCAGAUUUCUCUAACAUGUUGCAAACUAAUUUCUUGCGCUUUUUAAAAGACUGUAACCACUUGGAAGAGGGUGCCAGGAAUAUGACUUCUAUUUCCUUUUGGACAUUGUAUGCUUGUUUCCAUUGGGUUUGAGGAGAAAACUCUGCAUCUAGCAGUGGGGCCCUCUGAGGAGUCUUCCUGACAUUAUAUUGCCAAAAAAGCUCAUAGAACAUUGAGUAAAUAAUGAGGAGAAAUUUGGCCGCACAGUGUUAUUUUGUAGUAACUCCAACAGUCCAGAGUUAAUCUUCCUAGAUUGUGAAGUGUUUCAGCUGGAACUCUUGGAAGUUUUCCAGCUGUUUAGAUCUUGAAGCAAACAAAAUAUACCAAGAGAUAUGCUUCUUGUGAUAAAAAGGGAAAUCUGAAGAGUAGAUGGUUCAAAGUUGUGAGAUAAUUUAAGCCUUCAUCUUGUUUAUUUUAUUUUUGGGAGGUUACAUUUGAACAUUUUCUGCAUGUCGUUAGUACCUAAUGUUACUGUACUGUAGGGACUUGCAUGAUUCAUGGCAUUCCAAAGACCUCUUCUCCUCAGAGUGUGCAUAUGGAACUCACUUGACUAGUCUGCUGUAGCAUCCAAAGACAUGCCAGUGAGUGGCAGAAACAACCCUACCAUGAUUUAUCCACCACACCCUUUCCUUGACUCUUGGGAACAUAUGCCUAAUAAUAGAAUUGCUUUUCUUCUCACAAGUCCUUGUUUAUACAUGCCUGUUUGAAAACAACAACAACAAAAGGAAGAAAAAAGUGCCAGAUGUGUUAUGAAAAGCAUUCUUUUCAUCUUCUUGAUGUGUCUGAUCCAUGCUAAUCAACCUGUGCCAGAACCAUUAAUAAUGUUGUUUAAAGUGAGCUUCCUUUGAGGCUCCAUUGAUGUGAAUAUUUAACGUACUAGCUGCUUUUUAAGCUGUCACUUUUAAAUUCUUGUGCAAGGGCAGAUGAGGAAACAGUAGCAGUCCUCAAAUGAUGGCCCAACUUCUCUUGGUCUCCUCUUCUCCCACCACAUCUGUAAUAUUUGUAUAUUUGGAAGAGAAAUUCCUGGUGUACCAUUGACAUGAAAAUGGCAGGGGUGUGGGACAUUUGUUCAUCUGAGAGUGCUGAACCGCAUAUAUCAUAAAAGGACAAUUCAAAGGUUUCUAAAUGUUAUUCUCAAAGACUUCCUAAGCAAAGUUAAGAAGUUAAUAAGAAGAUUUGAAUCAUUGCCUAUUUUAAACUAUAUACCAUACCAAGAUUAUCACAUCAGAAAUGUUAAAAGGGGGGCGAGUUGGAGGGAGAAAAUACAAAGUGGAGAUGUUUCAACAUGGGAGAGCCUGUGCUCUUUAGAUUAAAGUAUAGCUAGACACAAAGGGAAAAGGUUUGCAAAGGCAAAUGUUAGAAUGUAAUGGUUCAAAAUUCUGCAAGGCAAAUCUAUUAAAAGAUGCCAAGGAGCAUAGAAUUUUGUGUGAGGGUCUAUAUGAAUUUAGAAUCAUAGAGUAUCAGGGUUGGGGCAGGGAUAUCUCAGUGGUUUGAGCAUUGAUCUGCUAAACCCAGGGUUGUGAGCUCAAUCCUUGAGGCAGGCCAUUUAGGGAUCUGAGGCAGCAGGCCCAAUCCUCAGACACAUUUUUGCCAUUGAUCCUGAAACAACCCCUUCAAGGAUUGAACUUAUACCCUUGGGUUUAACAGGCCAAUGCUUAAAUGACUGAGCUAUCUCCCUUCGUACAUGGCAAGCUUCUAGACUAGUUAUGGGACUAAUUCUUCAUAACAUAUUGUAGUGAGCAAUACUUUUGAAUCGGAAUAGGUUCAAAUACCAUAUUUUACUUAGGUUCCAUGAAAAUAAUUAAGAUUGGUUUCCUAAUUGUUUCCAUGGGAGUAUUUUCAGUGUUCAUUUUAACUGUCAAUUAAAAAUAAAUCCUCCACCCUCAGACAGGUUCACACCAAAAAAUGUGGUGGAACUAAUUCUCUUUUGUCUACCAUUGUAAUACUGUACUUUUGAUGUGUUUCCUAAGAAACUGCCUCACACAUUUAUUUCCCUUAGGAAAGAUGAAAUUACCUUUUCAAAAAAAUUCAAUGGAAUGGGGAGGGGGAACUUUCCAAAUCAUAACCAGCUUGGUAUUAGCAUCACUCUGCUGCUGCUGUGAAAUAAAACACUUCAUUUAAAUAGCAUAAAGAAAAUAAAAUCUGAAU